AGUUUUUGCUGCAGCCCCCGCGAGCCCGCGCGGAGCCAGACCUCCGAUGUCUUGACGCGUGCGACUCGCAGAGCUCUCCCGGAGGGGAGCCCCGCAGCCCCCCCGGCGCAGACACCCCGGCCGCAUCCGGCCCCAGGCCUCCCGUGGCGGCACGCACGGGGGGGGUGGUGGCGCGAGGCCCGGUUGAGUCCCCGAUGGCUGCGCGGGCCGCCGAGCCCCCGGACGCGGCCUCGGACGCGGCGUCGGCGCCCGCCCUGGACUGCUCCCCGGCCCUGGUGCUCACCAGCUUCGAGGGGAACCACGCGUCCGCGGGGUCGUGCGGUCGUACGACCCCAUACAGGGCCGCGGCACCGUCAGCUACGAGGGGCCGCGCGGCACCGUGGAGGUGCUCCUGGGCCGGGCCGAGGCAGAGAGGAGCGAGAUCACAAACGGUCACGCAUCACCUUCGCGCUCAGAGACAACGACAAGUGCAGGAGGGAGGCGUGCGACAUCAGAGUCCUCCUAAAAGGAGUCCCGCAGAAAGACUUCGUGCCGAAGCUGGUGUCUCAUCAUGCGGACCUCGAUUGGACAGCCAGGUACGUUGGCAUCAUCAAGUGGUUCCGCGCAGAGACUGGCCUGCCCGCCUCGAUCCGACGGAAGGACCCCGGGUAUGGGUACAUCGCGUGUAGAGAAACGUUCAAGCUUUUCGAGCGCGACGUCUGGGCAUACCCGGCGCAGCUCCAGGGCUUCAAGGCGGGCGACGCGGUCAGCUUCAGGGUCAGCAUCGACCACUGGUACAGCUGGCCCAUUGCUCUCGACAUCGAGCCCGCCCCCUCGCCUCUGCAGGACGACGCCAGCGGGCCGGCGUGCGCGCCCGCGGCGGGGGCGCUCGCGGACGGCGGCGCGCCGGCGGGGGCCCCGGCGCCGGGGCGCCCGUACACGGCCGACGAAGAAGGCGAGAGCCCUUGGCAGAGGUUCGCGCACCUGGACGGCGAGGGUUACUGGUGGUGGUGCUCCCGCAGCGGAGAAAGCUUCAUUGAGGA